AUGUCAUUCUCAUUUUCUUCUUCUUCUUCUUCCCCUCCUCCAUUGUUAUCACUACUAUCCCCUUUGCUGAGGUUAUUCUUAGGGUUUUUGGUGCUAUGCAUAGCUUUUGGUGGUACAACUACUGUUCCAACUAAAAUUGGGAAAGGUUACACCUUGAUCUCCAUUGAAAAAUCCCCGAAUGGUGGGCUUUUGGGCCUCCUCCAAGUGAAGGAGAAGAACAGCAUUUAUGGCCCUGACAUUCCCCUCUUGCAGCUCUAUGUGAAGCAUGAAACAGAUAACCGGCUAAGGGUACACAUUACAGACGCAAGCAAACAGAGAUGGGAAGUUCCGUACAAUCUUCUUCCCAGAGAAAAACCCCCUUCUCCCAAACAAGCCCUUACCGGAGACAAAUCUAGGAAGGAGGAGGACUCAAGCGGCAAGCCCGCCUCCUCGUCGGAGUACGCCGGGAAGGACCUCGUCUUCGCCUACAAAUCUGACCCGUUCACCUUCUCUGUCCGGCGGAAAUCGGACGGCCAGAUCCUGUUCGACACCGAAUCGGGCGGAUCCGACCCGUACGGCGAAAUGGUGUUCAAGGACCAGUAUCUGGAGUUGUCCACCAGGCUGCCCAAGGACGCGUCGCUGUACGGGCUGGGCGAGAACUCGCAGCCGCAGGGGAUAAAGAUCCGGCCGAACGACCCGUACACGCUGUACACGAUGGACGUGUCGGCCAUCAAUCUGAACACGGAUCUGUACGGGUCGCACCCGGUGUACAUGGACCUGAGGAACGUCGGCGGGAAGGCGUACGCGCACGCGGUGCUGCUGCUCAACAGCAACGGGAUGGACGUGUUCUACAGGGGGAACUCGCUGACGUACAAGGUGAUUGGGGGCGUUUUCGACCUUUUCUUCUUCUCGGGGCCGACGCCGCUCGCCGUUGUGGACCAGUACACGGAGCUCAUUGGCCGGCCGGCCGCUAUGCCGUACUGGGCUUUCGGCUUCCACCAAUGUAGAUGGGGCUAUCACAACCUAUCCGUAGUCGAGGACGUGGUCGAAAAUUACCAAAACGCCCGAAUCCCUCUCGACGUGAUAUGGAACGACGACGACCACAUGGACGGCCACAAGGACUUCACCCUCAACCCGGUCAACUACCCCCGCCCCAAACUCCUCUCCUUCCUCGACAAAAUCCACGCGCGUGGCAUGAAAUACAUCGUCAUCAUCGAUCCGGGCAUUGGAGUCAACUCCACUUACGGCGUCUACCAGCGUGGCCUGGCCCGUGACGUCUUCAUCAAGUAUGCUGGCCGUCCCUUCCUAGCCCAAGUUUGGCCCGGCCCGGUCAACUUCCCGGACUUCCUCAACCCCACCACGGCCGACUGGUGGGCCGACGAGAUUCGCCGCUUCCACGCCCUCGUCCCUGUCGAUGGGCUUUGGAUCGACAUGAACGAGGCCUCGAACUUCUGCUCGGGCCUCUGCACUCUCCCGGAAGGCCGGAUCUGCCCCAACGGAACCGGGCCGGGCUGGGUGUGCUGCCUCGACUGCACCAACAUCACCAGCACAAGGUGGGACGACCCGCCGUACAAGAUCAACGCCUCAGGAAUACAAGCCCCAAUCGGGUACAAGACUAUAGCCACGAGCGCCUACCAUUAUAACGGCGUCUUGGAAUACGACGCGCAUAGUCUCUACGGUUUUUCACAGUCGAUCCCGACACACAAAGCUUUGCAAGGGCUCGAGGGGAAACGGCCUUUUAUCCUGUCACGCUCGACUUAUGUGGGGUCUGGCAAGUACGUGGCCCAUUGGACGGGGGACAACAAGGGAACAUGGGAGGAUUUGAGGUACUCGAUCUCGACCGUGCUCAAUUUCGGUUUGUUCGGUGUACCCAUGGUUGGAUCGGAUAUAUGUGGGUUCUACCCGGCACCGACCGAGGAGCUUUGCAACCGGUGGAUUGGGGUAGGGGCGUUUUACCCGUUUUCACGGGACCAUGCGAACUUCUACUCUCCAAGACAGGAGCUUUACCAGUGGGCCUCUGUAGCCGAGUCGGCCCGAAACGCUCUAGGCAUGAGGUACAAGCUAUUGCCCUACUUCUACACGUUGAGUUACGAGGCGCACAUGACCGGGGCGCCGAUCGCUCGUCCCCUGUUCUUCACGUUCACGGACGAGCCCGAGUUAUACGGGCUGAGCACGCAGUUUUUGAUCGGAAAGAGUGUUAUGGUGUCCCCGGUGCUAGAACCUAACAAGACCGAGGUUCGGGCCGUGUUCCCACGCGGUACGUGGUACAACAUGUUUGAUAUGACGAGAGUGGUUUUCUCGAAAGAAACCCGUUACGUUUUGCUAGACGCGCCUCUGCACACAAUAAAUGUCCAUUUGUAUGAGAACACGAUAAUACCGAUGCAAAGGGGCGGGUUGAUAUCGAAGGAGGCGAGAAUGACGCCUUUUACCCUCGUGGUCGCGUUUCCAAUGGGAGCGGACAAGGGGCAGGCGAAGGGGAAUUUGUUUCUGGACGAGGACGAGCUUCCGGAGAUGAGGCUCGGGAAUGGGCGCUCGACUUAUGUCGAGUUUCACGCGAAAGUUAGUGACGGGAAGGUGAAGGUGUGGUCGGAGGUGGAGGAGAGUAAGUAUGCGUUGGACAAAGGGUGGAUUGUCGAGCGUGUGGUUGUGCUCGGGUUGAGUGGGACGGCGACUGGGAGUGGGCUCGAGAUCGAAGUUGACGAGAGAGCGGUUAACGGUGGUUCGGAGGUGGAGAUAAGUGAAAAGAGGCAUGAAAAUUUGGUGGAGUUGGGGGAGGAUGAAGGGGAGAGGAGUAGUGUGAUGGUUGAGAUCAAGGGGCUUGAAUUGGCUGUGGGGAAGAAAUUUUCUCUGUCUUGGAAAAUGGGGAUCAAUGGUUGA